CUUAUUUUAACAUGCAUGGCGUGUGAUAAAUGUGCUCCGCGACUGUUUACGACUUGUUUCACAGCUACAUCAUAAAAGUGCCAAUAUCCAGGGAUUGUCCCUUUGGCACGAUCGUUUCAUAUCCGUAAGCAAACUAUUUUCAAUAUUGACGGACUGUUUUUCCCGUUAGUUAAAAACCAUGUGUUCGUCGCCAAUUUUGUUGCAAUUGUUUGGGAUGUUUUGUGUAAUCAUGGCAGAAUCUCCAGCACACUUAACGAUUGAUUUGGGCGAAGAAAGUGGACCGUUCGAGGUUCAGUGCGACUCUUUUAAGUAUUUUACAGUUGAAGUGACGGAGCCCUGUAUGGAUCUCAGAGUUCAGGUUAUCAGAAGCCAGGGUGAACCAGAUCUCUAUGUAUCCAGAUUUCCUGUACUAUAUCCCACAGAAAAAAGUCUAGCAUGGUCAUCGUACGACUGGGGCCAUGAGAAUCUUACCAUAUCGAGUUGGGAUCCCGAGUUUGAAAUUGGUACCUUCUACAUUGGUGUGCAUGCGUUUUGUAGUGAUCAAGUACACAGUGGAGAUGAGAAUUCUAUAUUCAUAUUAUUGGUGGAGAGCAUACCAUCAACUCACCCAGAGACCCCAGACAUGAUGGGAAUGACAAUACAAGGUACAUUGACACCCCAAGAAUACAGCUAUUACAGAUUUUGCAUUCCUCGUGACUGUGUUACCGUCGAUGUACAUCUCGAAAACUGUCUGAAUCCAGAAGAGUGCCCGACCGGAUAUUCCUGGCCGGAACUAAUCGUUUCUCGUUCAAUUCAAAGACCGACUAUAUAUGAUCAUUCAUGGAAACUCGCUCAGAUCUAUCAUCGUACCAUUACCAUAGCCCCGCCUGAUUCAAAUUUCAGGGUUGGGCAUUAUUACGUUGCUGUGUAUGGCUGGUGUACACCAGAUGAGCAUUGCCCUGAUAUGUCAACAUGUGGACCGUGUCACUAUACUAGAAAUGCAAGCUUUUCACUGAGUGUUACAAUGAAUGAGUUGUCGAGCUCUGAUCAGUGCCCCUCAGCCAAGAUUACAUGCGAAAUUACAUUUUCUGUUGCGAGCAACGCUGUCAUUAAUAUAUCAUUAUUGGCAGUCUCUUGGUUUGUAAUAACCUACAAAUUAAUGUUUGGCUGUUGAAUCACUUUAUCUCUUAGUGUGAUUAUUUGGUCAUACCAUCUUCUCUAAUCUUUUUAUUAGUUAGAUCACCUGAUUUUUGUAUAAAAAGUUUUUUCCUCAAGAAAAUCCAACCCCCUGGCAAGAAAUGGCAUAACCCUGCUUAGUGGUGAGAAAUAUAACUAGUUACAUUAUAUAAUGUUUCUGUUUGAAAUUUCCGUAGUCAACAACUGUAAUUCUUUAAUGAUGUUACCACUGAUGAUGCAUCAAGCCUUGUAGUGUGUUCACACAUGUAGCAAAUUAUGGCAUUUGACUCAGAGUUUGCUUUAACCCACUGUUGGAAAACAUGUGAUUCGAGUAACCCAGUGUAGUUUAG